AUGGCUGAAAAAGUCGCCACGACAACAGAGUCGGCGGGGAUACCCAUACCCGUCAGUGUCGAUGCCGCUAUCGCCAACAAAAGAGGGGCGUUGACAUGGUUGUCCAACCCCGGCAUCGUCAAGCUGAAUUGCAUCCUCGGGUUAUCGCUGGUGUCUAGUUACGCGACAGGUUACGAUGGAUCCAUGAUGAACGGUCUACAGUCGCUGGAUACGUGGCAGGACUCCUUCAACCACCCGAAUGCACAAGAACUGGGCCUAUUGAACGCGAUCCAGAAUGUCGGUCAGCUUGUUGCCCUGCCCUUUUGCGCCUGGUUCUGCGAUCGCUUCGGGCGGAAACCCGCCCUUUUGACUAGUGCAUCCAUCCUCCUCAUCGGUGUUGCUCUGCAAGGUGCGGCCCAGAAUGUGGGCAUGUUCAUCGCCGCCCGGGGUGUCCUCGGUUUUGGCUUGGCUCUCAACAUCACUGCCGCGCCGUUGAUGAUCAUGGAGUUGGCUUACCCGUCCCAACGCGCUCCGUUGGUGAGCAUCUACAACACCCUCUGGGGUCUCGGUGCGCUCUCGGCGGCGUGGAUUACUUUCGGAACCUUCAGAAUCGGGAACACAUGGGCUUGGCGAAUUCCCUCCAUCCUUCAGGGCGUCUCGAGCAUCGUCCAACUGGGUUUGUGUUUCCUCAUAGAGGAAUCGCCCAGAUGGCUUAUCUCACAGGAGAGAGACGCCGAGGCUGAAGCGUUGAUCAUUAAAUACCAUGCAAACGGGGACGCAUCCGACAUUGUGGUGCCGCUAGAAAUGGAGGAGAUUAGGACAGCGCUGAGGUUAGAAGCCGAGGCAUCGCGGUCGACCUCGUACAUGUCGUUCUUCCAGACACCGGGAAACAGGCGGCGUUUCUUCAUUAUUCUUGCAGUUGGAUUCUUCUCACAAUGGUCUGGCAACGGCCUAAUUUCCUACUAUCUUUCUUUGAUUCUCAACUCCAUCGGAUACACGUCGCAAGAGACUCAAACACUGAUCAAUGCCUUGAUGACACUCUGGGGUCUGAUUUGGGGCCUUUUGGCCUCAUUUCUCGUCAACCGCUUCCGCCGCCGCACAAUGUUCCUCGCCUCAACAAUCGGUGCCCUGGUCUGCUACGUGACUUGGACGGCCCUCCAGGCAACUUAUGAAAAACAGACCGACCUUACGGGAACCGGAUCGCCGGCCCUCGCAAAGGGUGUUCUUGCCAUGAUCUUCUUGUAUAACGUCGUUUUCAGCAUGGGAUGGGGUGCCUUGCAAGUGACCUAUGUCGUCGAGAUACUGCCGUUCAAUCUGCGUGCCAAAGGACUGGUACUGUACAAUCUUUUUGUAGCGCUGGCUCUCAUCUUCAACCAAUACGCCAACCCUGUCGGUGUCACCAACUCAAAGUGGAAGUACUAA